CACUCACGUGCGACUCUCUGCUUCCCGGAGAACAGCACUGGCUCCCACGAAACUAACGCUCGAUCUACUAGGAGGAGAUUAUAUUGUUCCGGGAGCCUGCACAAAGGCAGGAACUACCAUCUUCAAGAACUAGACAAUGGACGCGCUCCUUCACUCCCCCUCGGUUCGCUUGAAUUGGCCCGGUCUGCCCGCGUUAGCCUGCCGCCACAAAGCUUCCUCAGCCUCUGACAGCUCGUUGGGGAGCACCUCAGGGUCUCAAAUCCUAGCUCAAGGGGCGGGACGAGCGCGCGCGGGGCGGGGCUAGCGCAAGACUGAGUGCUAGCCAGGGGCGCGCGAGCAAAGCCGAAAGGAGCCGAGCCGAGCCGAGCCGAGCCGCGAGGUGCCGGGGAGAGGCAGGCAGAGCCGGGCCGGCCGCCUGCGGCUCAGUGCGGAUUGUGCGGUGUAGCCGGGCUCUGCGUCUACCAGCCUCAGCCCAGGCUCCUGCAAAACUUUUAUUCUCUUGGGCCCCCCGGGGUGUGUGAAGGCGUCGGAACGUUCAGCUGUCUCCGCGCCCUCUGCAGCGGCCACUGAGGGGACCUGCAUCCUUUGCCCGCCGGGCUCUCGUGCCCUCAGCCUCCUCACCUGCCGAUCGCUCCCCGGAGCCGCGAGGGGGCACUCCCGGAGGGAUCGCGCGGGCCCGGUCGCCCCGAACUCUCGCUUGCCGCGGCAGACCCGCCCGGCGCAACUUUAACUUGGUUCCUCGCGCCCAGCCCCGGCACCCGAGGCUGCCGCCGCCGCCGCCACCACCACCACCGCCCCCCCCCCCCCCGCCGCCGCCGCCGCGGCUGCCGCGUUUCACAAAGGGCGCAGGAGGGGAGGCGGCACUGGCGGCAGGCACCGGCCUCCGGGCCGCCGAGGCAGGGAGACAAAAGGGAAACUGCCUCUGCUUGCGGUGCGGGUUUGGAACAUCCAGCUCAUCCGCCUCUUGCUCGGCUCCGUGCGCUUCCUCCCCCCUACCCUAGGCUACUGUUCCGCCUCCCUCCAGGCGGGCUGUCCCCGCAGUGCUUCGGACCCGGCGAGCCUUCAGGGCGCGCGUCGCUGCUGGUGGUUGGGGCUCUAGUGAUAAUAAAUGAUAGAGGAUACGAUGACUUUGCUGUCUCUGCUGGGUCGCAUCAUGCGCUACUUCUUGCUUAGACCUGAGACGCUUUUCCUGCUGUGCAUCAGCUUAGCGCUCUGGAGUUACUUCUUCCACACGGACGAAGUGAAGACCAUCGUCAAGUCCAGCCGGGACGCGGUGAAGAUGGUGAAGGGCAAGGUGGCUGAGAUUAUGCAGAACGAUCGACUUGGAGGGCUUGACGUGCUGGAGGCCGAGUUUUCUAAGACCUGGGAGUUCAAGAGCCAUAACGUGGCGGUGUAUUCCAUCCAGGGCCGAAGAGACCACAUGGAGGAUCGCUUCGAAGUUCUUACAGACCUGGCCAACAAAACGCACCCGUCCAUCUUUGGGAUCUUCGAUGGGCACGGCGGCGAGACUGCAGCUGAAUAUGUAAAAUCUCGGCUCCCAGAGGCCCUAAAACAACAUCUUCAGGACUACGAGAAAGACAAAGAAAACAGUGUAUUGUCUUACCAGACCAUCCUUGAACAGCAGAUUCUGUCAAUUGAUCGAGAAAUGUUAGAAAAAUUGACUGUAUCCUAUGAUGAAGCAGGCACAACAUGUUUGAUUGCUCUGCUAUCAGAUAAAGACCUCACUGUGGCCAAUGUGGGUGACUCACGAGGAGUCCUGUGUGACAAAGAUGGGAAUGCCAUUCCCUUGUCUCAUGAUCACAAGCCUUACCAACUGAAGGAAAGAAAAAGGAUAAAGAGAGCUGGUGGUUUCAUCAGUUUCAAUGGUUCCUGGAGGGUUCAGGGAAUCCUGGCCAUGUCUCGCUCCCUGGGGGAUUAUCCGCUGAAAAACCUCAAUGUGGUCAUUCCAGACCCAGACAUCCUCACCUUUGACCUGGACAAGCUCCAGCCUGAGUUCAUGAUCUUGGCAUCAGAUGGCCUAUGGGAUGCCUUCAGCAAUGAAGAAGCAGUCCGAUUCAUCAAGGAGCGCUUGGAUGAACCUCACUUUGGAGCCAAGAGCAUAGUCUUACAGUCAUUUUACAGAGGCUGCCCUGAUAAUAUUACUGUCAUGGUGGUGAAGUUCAGGAAUAGCAGCAAAGCAGAAGAGCAGUGAACCCUUCGGGGUCUCAGCUGCCUUACACUAAAGGACUUUUGACACACUGGUCUCUUUUAAUGUAGUGAAAGGUGUGGGAAUUGUAAUUAGGAUCAUCCAUCCCAGACACUGAAUCCCCACCCCACCCCCUUCAGUGAUGAACAGAGGAUACCCCUGGCCAAUGUAGUUGAGUGGCUGAAAAAAUGGUUUCUUUGUUUCCCCAACUCUUCAAUGUCCAAAAUAUAUAAAUAGGUAGCUGUAGAUCCAUAUGUAUGAAGUGAAUAGCAGAUGCACCAUGUAUUCUCCUUCUUAAGAUUCUUUUUAAGAUCCCUUUCAGGGUCCUCCAGGCAUCAGCCUUUAUGUCCCCUCUGAAACCCUAGGUGGGACAAGCCUCCCUUCCUGCAUAAGACAGGCCAUUGUGACCUAUAAGUCAGGGGCUGAUGUUCAGUCAAGGGGCAAAGUAGUCCUAGAAUGUGUGAUCCUCCUGAGUCCAUGUUUUCUCCUGAGCAGCAGCCUGGAAACAGAUUCGGAACUGUUUAUGAUUUGUGGGCUGCUCUUGGAGGCUGAGGAAAACUGUGAGGAUGGGCGAUCAGUGACAGCUCCUGCACAGCAGAAAUAACCCUUUUCCCUUCCUCCUUUUAUUAGUUAAAUAGAUUUUGGGUACCACCUGACCAGCCUUUGUAUGUUUAUCCUAAUCACGCAUGACCUUACCUUUUGCUUACACCUUCCUGUAUGUAAUGGGCAAUUAUUAAUUUCAUAACAGACACCACAAUUUUUCAUCUUAGCUAAUCAAGAAAUCAUAUUAAGGGAAAUGAAAACCGCAAAUCACAAUGCCAUCAUUCCUUCCACCUUUAAGAACAGGUAGAAGAAAACCAUAUGAAUGAGCCACAGUGCUCCUUGGAAAGCUGGCAGUUUGCACUGGAAGUGAAAGGAGUGAGCAGGUGAGAUUACCACCCUGAAGUGAACACCAGCUGCAAGUUUUUGUGAAGUUUUCCCCAAGCCCUAGCUUAAUAGCUUUUGAGCAUCUUUCAAGCAGUAUUUGGAGAAGCAACAGCCUAGAACUGCAUGUGUUCCUUGAAGCCAGAAACACGUUCCCAGACUUUGGAAUUAUGUGGCGAACUACUGGGGCAUGCUUUUUCUCGCCAAUGAAAAGGAUGAAGCUUUUCACAUUUGGUUGCAAACCUCUAUCCACAUUGGGUACCCUUCCUCAGGCAAAGGCAAACUGCCCCACAUCGACUGAAGGGACUUGUGGGGGACUUGUGUGCAGUGGCAGCAAAGCUGGAUGAGAAUUCAAACAAGAACCCACAUCGAUAAGUGGCCUAGAAUUAUUUGGAAGCCUGGCUUUGCUGUUCUCUGUUUCCUAUCAAUCACCAAAGUCAUAUUUUUUCCAGCCUCAGCAUUUUAUAAGUUAAUUUAUAGAAAAUGCUGGGUUAUCCUCUUUGCCUGAAGAAGGCAGCUCUAAGACUUCUGUUGCAUCCCCACCCGCAGGUGCACCUGGUUUUAUUCUUUCUGAGUGGAAAUUAGUCCUUACAAAUGCCUGUUCACUGGCCACCUCCAACCCAUGGUGCCCUACCCUCUGUUCCCCUUCAGCUGCAGAGCUUUCCUGAAGUAGUUUCCAAGAAAGAACUCAGGAGAAUGAUUAACUUGUGCUGCGAAGAACUGCAGUUUGUCUUGAUACUUCCAAGAACUUACCUAUCUUUGACUGCAAUGAGAAUUAAUAAUGAUUUCCCAAGAUUUUAUAUUCUGUAUUUUCCAACAUUAAUGUUAGAUUCUUGAUUAUUGUUUUUUAGCCAUAGAAUGUUUUAGUACAAAAUAUCUGCUGCCAUUUUAGAUUUAAGCAGUUGUUCCUUGAAAGACACUGAACAAUUGGAUGUGUGUAUUUAGGGCAGAGGUGGGAACAGAAAUGUGGGAAACAAAUUAUUGUGAUCAGUGAUGGGCUUUCAGACCAGGUAGCUGAGUUUGCUUGAAUAUCUAGGAUGUUCUGAUCUGGAAUCACCCACCAUUUAACUGAAGGUCCAACAUUUUACAGUUCACAGUAUCUUUCCUUUUUAUAUUUUUGCUUAAUGCAAAAAUGCAUAGCAAGCGAAGUACAUUGUAUUGUCCAAAAUGAAAAUAGUGAAGCUUUGGUGAAGAUGAAAAAGGUACCAAAUUAGUAAAUUCUGUACUUAUUUAUUUAAGCAAACUUUCUUAACAGAUACAGUGCUGAGUGUACAAGAUAUGUACAUGCCUUUUUUAAAAAAAAAUUGAGGUUCACAAGGCGUCUUCUAAAUUUUGCUUUGUAGAAUUAGUUCAUUUCUGAUUUUAACGAAAUAGAGUGUAAAUCUCACACUCCUUUUCUGCCUCUCCCCCCCCUCCCUACUAUGGUUUGUAAUUUUUAAAAGGUAGAAGUAUGGACAAAAUAGUGGUUUGAUUAAUUGUUAUGUACAAAAUCAAAGUACUCUGUUCCCUUCCCCUGUCCUCCUGGAGCUCUCUCUCCCUGAUCCAUUUCCAGUUGUUAGGGGUCUGAGAACAGCACAUCUGGGCUGCCCUGUGGUGUACUGGCUGCCUUCCCCACUUCUCUAGAAGCUCAGGAAAGUUGGAUCUAGCCUAUAGGGAAAUUGAGAAGUCUGCAUGUAACCUUCCCUAAACAGCACUGCCAAAGCUUUGGAAUUGUCAUCUGAGACUGCCCUUACUCCCUAGUUAACCUGAGUUUGAAUUGCCAAUAGUUUCCACAGUGCCAAAUUUUGGGAUGGUUCUACAGUCUUUUGGAAAUGAAGCUGGGAAUGACCACAUGCUCCUGAGCAAGAGGGCAAUCCCAGAUCUUCAUUAAUGCACUGCUCUGCUGCUGCUUCUUUGGCAAUUUGUACUUAUUAAAUGGGUUAGAAAUGGGAGGAUGGGAAAUUUUUAAAAUUCAGUGUAUUUGCAAUUCUUUAAUCAUAGGAAUAAACUCUACUUAUGUAGAGAGCUCCAACACUAGUCCCCAAGACCUGAAUUUUUUUUUAAUGUGAUCAACUUAUACUAGGCAAUUAACUCUGAGUCACUGUUCUGAUGCAACAUGACUAUAUGCAUAUAUACUCAUUACUGGCAACUAAUGGCUACAUUCUUAUCCUUGCUGUGGAUUGAAGAUAUUGGCCUAUUGUAUCUUGCAUAUGUGGAGUAUUACACAGAGAGUGUUAUAUAGUAAAGGAGCUGCAAACUGGAUAAUUUAAAACACCUUAUUGACUUUGACAUUUUGCACAAAUGGUAAAAGGGACUGAAUGACAGAAUCCUCUCUGAAGUGGAUCUAGGAGACUGAUUACAUUAUUGGAAUGAGUCACUGGAGUAUGUGGAAAUGCAUGAGGGAUUUGCAAGAAGCAAAGAAGGGAUUACUUUUUCCUUUGCCAGGUAUACCUUGAUUUUCCUUUUUUUUUUUUUUCCUUUCCUCCAUGAAUUGUUGGCAGAUCUCUCUUGCAACUAUUUCAAUGUAAGGCUUACAUUGAAAAAGGAUGAAAUUUCAUUGUACAUUUGAAAGUAUAGGGAAAUAUGCUUUAUAUAAAUCUUUAUUUUCCAAUUAUUUCAGAAAUUAUUUUUCCCUUCUUUCAACACAUCAUAAAUUGAUCUUCCCUUUAUAGUCCCCCAGAAUUACCUUUGCAUGUUAUACCAGCAUUUCCAGCAGUUCUGGAAAAAUGUAAUGACUGUUAGCUACUAUGCUGGGGCCUGUUUAAUUGCAUCUGGACUAAAACAUUAUCUGAAUUUUUUAGAUUGUUAGCUGCACACUAAAAAAUAGUAGAAUCUGACGUUCCCCAAAGUGUGUUCCAAAGAAUCAAGUUCCAAAGAUGCUCUUCCAAAUAUGGGGCUUCAGGGUCAAAGAAGUUUGGGAAACAUGGUCUUAGAAAGUACAUCUAAGCUCACGGAAGCCUCUAAUUUAAAUAUACUGCAGUGGAACAGGAAACAUACCACAUGCAUAAUUUCUGUUAGCUCUGUGUUUCCCAGAUUAAUUUGACUGCAGAACCUUUUAAAAAUAAUACCUAGUAACAUUCAAGGAAUACACUUUGGGAAAUUCUGAUAUAUUGAAAUAUGUUUUCUCAUUCCAAUAACAUUCAAGGAAUACACUUUGGGAAAUUCUGAUAUAUUGAAAUAUACUUUCUCAUUCGCCAUGACUCUUUAUAGUAGCAGUACAGUUUGCAAUUUAGUAGCACUAAUCCUUUCAUGGAAGAGGCUGAUUAAAUAGAAACAGUUUAAAAAUAGUCUUAUUUAAUGUGACCACUAGCACCUCAUAUUGAUAGCAGAAGUCUAACAAGUUUUCCCUCAUGUGAAUUACAAGUAAGAGCUUUACCUUAGACAGGAAGUUCUCGAGUUCAUUCCAAGAUCUUUCAGUGCUUUUUUGCAGUUAUAUUUGCUCUCCAGGUUGAAUAAAUAUUUUUAUGUUUCAUCACUAUAUGUGAUAGUUUAAAAUAUAGAGAAAAUAAUAGAACAGGAAAAAGUUCAUGCUUGAUUUUAACUCACUUGAAAUUUUAACUCAAUUUUCAAAAUUAACUACAUUGAAUAAUAAUGGAAGUGCAAACUUAACACCUAUUUACUCUUUAUUCUCUCUAGAUUCAAUGAAAUAAUUUAAAAUCAACUGGAGCUCCUAGGUCCUAAAUGUCUGUUAUAUGUUAUCCUACCUUUCAUAUGUUUUAUAUAUAUAUAUUUAGCAAGUUAUCUCUUGCCUAACAUGUAUGGAUUGAUCAUAGUUCCAUAAUACUCACUAUCAGUUUGGGCAGUUUGUUUGGGAUGCCAUUACAGAUAACCCCCCAAUAAUGGAUGAAACAUGGUACAGAGUGAAUUUAGGGUAAAAUCAGUAAUUUAAAAUUACAUCCAAUAUUUAGGAAUCUGCCCACCCUUUGAACCUAUCUAAAAUCUAAAGGUAGGAUCCCUUACUCUAGGUGGCAUAUUGCAAAGGGCAAGGGACAGUCAGUACCAUGAGGCUUCCAUUGUUUCUGAAUGUUUUCUAAUAUGUAAAUUUUUGCUGAUUCCUAGUAAUGUUAAUGCUCUGUCCAUUAUUCUUUUUAUAACUGUUAAGCUACAAACUAUUACACUGAAGGUUGAUUAUGGUAAUUUUUACAUGUUUAGUAAUAACCACACCAUCAUAUGUACAAUCACUUUAAUAAAUCCAACUUAAAGACUUUGAGGAAAA